AUGGCUUCGGGCGUGGUCUCGCUGCGCGCGGUGCUGCGCCUGCGGCUGUCCUUCGGCUUGUACUCGCACCUCUCCCCCCGCCCCGCCCUCCGCGCCGCUGCUGCCCUCUACUGCAUUGUCCUUCUCGCCAUUAUCAACACGAUUCUCCUCAACAUAAUUGUAAAGUUUGCUACCAGUUUUGCUUUCUUCGUCAUAAAAGGUUGUGAAAUUGUUUCGAAAAUCAAAGAUACAGAGAGAUCUGGAUCACUCGACGGGCUAAUCGUAAUGGAAUGCACAAUGUUUUGCCUGCAGUUCGCAGUCGUAUCCUUACCAGCAAUUUUCACUGAAAUGAUCCACGUGGAAGAAGAAAAAUUGAAAGCAUUAAUCGCAGAGCACCUUUCUGAUCGUGAGGAGGCUCAACGUUCUGGUGGCAACUCUGUCUCGGCUGCGCUGAUUCUGGGCGCUGAGUACCUCGACCAGCGCCCGUUCCGCAUCUGCUUGUGGAACUCGCUUCCGCUUGACGCGUCACUGGUGCUGACGUUUGCUGGACUUUGCGUUUCUUAUUUAAUCGUCGUUGUUCAGAUUUUUGACCUUGUUUAAAGUAAAUUUUUACUAAGUAUUCUUGUUAGCACAAGCACCAUUUU